AUGGAUUCUUCCGAAUUGCAAAACAAGAAGCGCAAGAGAAAGCAUUCGGCGUCGAAAGGCGAACCUGCAGAGGCUGCUCCCAAAAAUGUUGAAAAUGUGGUGAAGGAUAAAAAGUCCAAAAGGUCCAAGGACGAUAAAGCAAACAAGAAAGCUAAGAAGACCCACGAAUCCGACGAAGAGGAAGAGACUUUCGAAGGAGGCAUUUCGAAUGAGGCUAUAGACAUAGCUGAAGCAAAAGACAGCGAUGGGGAGGUUGUGAAUGAGACGCCGGAAGAUGAGGACGAGGUCAAUGGAGAUACAGAUCUGGUGGGGGGACCCACCACGGGCGCUGGCACACUCGCCUUACCGUCGACAGGAGUUGAGGCACAGAAAUUCUCAGAGUUGAAUUUAUCAGAAAAAACAAUGAAAGCAUUGGUGGAAGAUAUGAAGUUUGAGACGAUGACAGAAAUCCAGCGCCGAGGCAUUCCACCUCUUCUAGCUGGUCGCGAUGUCCUUGGAGCUGCGAAAACAGGAUCUGGAAAGACUUUAGCAUUUUUGAUCCCAGCAAUUGAAAUGCUAAGCGCAUUGCGAUUUAAGCCUCGUAACGGAACUGGCGUUAUUGUCGUAUCGCCAACAAGAGAAUUAGCCCUCCAGAUUUUCGGUGUCGCGCGCGAAUUAAUGAAACAUCAUUCGCAAACAUAUGGAAUAGUCAUUGGUGGAGCAAACCGACGAGCAGAGGCGGAAAAGCUUGCCAAAGGUGUCAAUCUUAUUAUAGCUACGCCGGGUCGUUUACUGGAUCAUCUGCAAAACACUCAGGGCUUCGUUUUCAAGAAUCUCAAAGCACUGGUAAUUGAUGAAGCCGACCGAAUCUUAGAGAUUGGAUUUGAGGACGAGAUGAGGCAGGUCGUCAAAAUCUUACCUAAAGAGGAGCGGCAAACUAUGCUGUUUUCUGCGACUCAAACAACUAAGGUUGAAGAUUUAGCCAGGAUAUCGCUACGUCCUGGACCUCUAUAUAUCAACGUCGAUCAUCAAAAGGAGCACAGCACUGUAGAGGGCCUUGAGCAAGGUUAUGUUGUGUGCGAUUCCGACAAACGAUUCCUUCUUUUAUUCUCGUUCCUUAAACGCAACAUCAAGAAGAAGAUAAUUGUUUUCCUCUCGAGUUGUGCUUGCGUUAAGUAUCACGCCGAACUCCUCAACUAUAUCGACCUCCCAGUCCUGGACCUUCACGGAAAGCAAAAGCAACAGAAACGAACAAACACUUUUUUCGAAUUCUGCAAUGCAAAGCAGGGUACGCUUAUAUGUACUGAUGUAGCUGCCCGUGGUCUUGAUAUUCCCGACGUCGACUGGAUUCUUCAGGUUGAUCCACCAGAUGAUCCCAGAGAUUAUAUUCACCGUGUGGGUCGAACAGCGCGUGGUUCCAAUGGCAAAGGAAGGUCCUUGCUCUUUCUCCAGCCAUCUGAGAUUGGCUUUCUUUCUCACCUGAAGACUGCGCGUGUUCCAGUCGUGGAGUUUGACUUCCCCGCGAAGAAAAUCGUCAACGUUCAAUCACAACUUGAGAAGCUGAUUUCCCAGAAUUACUACCUGAAUAAAAGCGCCAAGGACGGCUAUAAAUCAUAUCUCCAGGCUUAUGCUAGUCAUAGCUUGAGAACCAUAUUCGAUGUGCACAAGUUAGAUCUAGUCAAGGUAGCGAAGAGUUUUGGAUUUACAGCGCCACCGAGAAUCGAUCUCGCAUUGGGAGCUAGUAUGAGUAGGGAUAAGAAAACACAGGGACGGAGAGCUUAUGGUAGUCAGCCGAAGCAAGGUGGGAGCUUUAAGAAGAGGGGUACUUGA